AUGUCUUCUUCCUCUCACCACACCACCAACCCGGCUGGCAACACGCUUCCGGGGCCCAACGCCUAUUACUGCUGCAAAUGCCUGUACGGGCCGAUGCUGUAUGAGCUGCAUCCGGCUUGCAUCGAGUGCGGCGCGCCGGCGUGCGGAUAUUGCUCGCCUAUCAGCAUCGGCCUCAACCACCCCGGCCACGCUCUCCAAGACCAGCUCGGCCAGCCUGACCCACGAGACCCUUACGGCUCUUCAAUGCUCGGCUUCAGCAACACGUCGGCGUCACUGAUGGACCGCUUUUUCCAAGAUCGACCGAACGGUACCGAGCGCUUGUAG